GCCCGGCGGUCCUGCUCCACACAGACUCCUGUGACUCUCGACAGCGCCCAGCCUCCUCCCUCCCCAGUGGGUACAAAGCUGCUCUAAACAACUAAAGAAAUGGCUGUCGUCAGUGGAACGUUCCGUAUGGUGUCGGAGGAAGAGCAGGCUCUCAGGGCCAAGCUGGAGCGCCUCACGGUCAAGGACCACGGUCCCGUGUUCGGACCCUGCGCCAAGCUGCCUGACCACACCGUGCAGAAGGCCAAGGAUGAGCUGAACGAGACAGACGAGAAGCGGGUGUUGGCAGUCAAGGAGCUGAGGGGAAUAAUCAAGGAAAAGGCAGAGGCUGAGGACGACCUGGCCAAAGGGGUGCUGGAAACCUUCGGAGAGAAGCCUGACGGCAUGCUGGUCCGCUUCAUCCGCGCCAGGAAAUACGACGUGCCAAGAGCCUUCGACCUAAUGAAGGGUUACGUGCGCUUCAGGAGGGACUACCCAGAGCUGUUCGAGAACCUGACCCCCGAGGCUGUCCGCAGCACCAUCGAGGCCGGCUACCCAGGCAUCCUGUCCAGCAGAGACAAGUAUGGCCGCAUCGUGCUUCUCUUCAACAUCGAGAACUGGGACUACGAAGAGAUCACCUUCGACGAGAUCCUGCGUGCCUACUGUGUAAUCCUGGAGAGCCUGCUGGAGAAUGAGGAGACUCAGAUCAACGGUUUCUGCAUCAUUGAGAACUUCAAGGGCUUCACCAUGCAGCAGGCCUCUGGCAUCAAACCCACUGAGCUCAAGAAGAUGGUGGACAUGUUGCAGGACUCCUUCCCUGCCCGUUUCAAGGCGGUCCACUUCAUCCACCAACCCUGGUACUUCACCACCACCUACAACGUGGUCAAGCCCCUCAUGAAGGGCAAGCUGCUUGAGAGAGUGUUUGUCCACGGAGACGAGCUGGACAACUACUACAAGGAGUUUGAUGCGGACAUCCUGCCCUCCGAGUUCGAGGGCAAGAACUCCAAGUACGACGGCAAAGCCAUAGCAGCCAAGCUGUUCGACUGAACACCCCCUCGUCCCCAUCUGCCACCUCUCCAUCUAGAUGGAGACCCCACCCCACAGACUCUGGAGAAAUACACUAUAUAAACAUAGGUGUGGCUUUAGAAAACUGUAAAAAAAAAAAAAAAAGGGGUGUGGUAUUGCAUGGUUUUUGUUUUCCAGCGGUUAUUAAGUAUUAGACACCCAACAAAGCACUCCCAACAGCACAGAGGAGACUAUAUAUAUCCUUCGCUCUUACCCGGGUUACUUAACAGCCCUAACCAUUGAGCUUUUCUCUGUGCUGUGGGGACGUGCUUUGUGUAACCCAUCUCUGACCCACACAGCUAGCGCUAGUUAAACCUGGCAGGUCCCAGUUUGGUCUAUCCACCUCCCCUUUCCCCUCACGGUGAUACAAGGCCAUGAAUCCAACAAAUGCCCAUCUCGGUUUGUUUUUGACCAUGCUUGGAGAUGAAUGAGCAGUUUUUAUCCUCUGAAUUGGUGCAGAGGCAUGAGCAUGUCACCACCGUGUACAAUAAACUGUAUAUAAAAGAAAGAUGACAAUCUG